CUGAAAUAAAAAAUUAUUUAUAAAAAAUCUCAAGCAUACUAUCCAUAAAACUUGUAUAACUUCUACUGCAGUAUCUGUACAGACGCUUCAAAUCACGAGUAGCCCGCCAAUCAUGUAUGGUCAUCGGCAGUGUUGGAUUCGUGGCCAUUGUGGGCGUCGUCAUGUAUGCUCCUGCAAUAGCUCUCGAGGCAGUAACUGGUCUUCCGACGUGGGUCUCUAUUUUAAUUAUGGCAGCAGUAGCAACAUUCUAUACAACACUGGGAGGUAUUAAAGCCGUUAUUUGGACAGACGUCUUCCAAUUCUUGAUUAUAAUGAUAGGAAUGAUUAUCGCAUUAGCAAUGGGUUGCAGUCGAGUUGGAGGCUUCGCAAAUAUGUGGGACCUGUGUCAGAGAGGUGGAAGAAUCCAGCCAAUAGACUUUGACUUGAACCCAUUGACGAGACA